GAGACGGGUUCUGCGUGCGCGCGCCUCUGGCCUUCAGCGGCUGGUGCUGCAGGCUCUGCAGCCUGUGCUCCGCGCUCGGCACGACCUGAUGGCUCUGUUAAGAGCGGCCGAUCCAGAGCCCCGGUCGGGUGUGUCAGGUGGCAAAAGUAAAACUCUGGCAUGCUGAUCCCAUUUUCAGUGAAGAACUGCUUCCAGUUGCUUUGUAAUUACAAGGUUCCAGCAGCAGGCUUUAAAAACACUACAAAAGGUGGGCUCAUUUUACAAUCAAUUUCCAAUGAUGUAUAUCAAAAUCUGGCUGUAGAAGACUGGAUCCAUGACCAUGUAAACCUAGAAGGCAAGCCAAUUCUUUUCUUUUGGAGAAAUUCUCCCUGUGUUGUGAUUGGUAGGCAUCAAAAUCCUUGGCAAGAAUGUAACCUGAAUCUGAUGAGAGAAGAAGGUAUAAAACUGGCUAGGAGAAGAAGUGGAGGAGGAACAGUCUACCAUGAUAUGGGUAAUAUCAAUUUGACUUUCUUUACAACCAAAAAAAAGUAUGAUAGAAUGGACAAUCUGAAAUUAAUUGUGAGAGCACUGAAUGCUGUCCAACCCCAACUGGAUGUUCAGGCUACCAAAAGAUUUGACCUUUUACUUGAUGGUCAGUUUAAAAUCUCAGGAACAGCCUCAAAGAUUGGCCGGACUACUGCUUAUCACCAUUGCACCUUAUUAUGUAGUACUGAUGGAACCUCUUUGUCUUCUUCACUAAAGAGCCCUUACCAAGGGAUCAAGAGCAAUGCCACUACUAGCAUACCUUCUUUAGUGAAAAAUCUUUUGGAGAAAGAUCCCACUCUGACCUGUGAAGUGCUGAUGAAUGCUAUUGCUACAGAGUAUGCUGCUUAUCAUCAAAUUGAUAAUCACAUUAAUCUAAUAAAUCCAACAGAUGAAACACUGUUUCCUGGAAUAAAUAGCAAAGCCAAAGAACUACAAACUUGGGAAUGGAUAUAUGGCAAAACACCAAAGUUUAGUAUAGACACUACUUUGGAUGUGUUAUAUGAGCAGUCACACUUGGAAAUUAAAUUAUUCAUAGAUAUAAAGAAUGGAAGAAUUGAAAUCUGCAAUAUUGAAGCACCUGAUCAUUGGAUACCACUGGCAAUAUGUGACAAGUUAAAUUCAAGUUUUAUUGGCAGCAAGUUUUGCCCAACUGAAACUACCAUGCUGACAAACAUUUUACUUAGAACAUACCCAGAAGACCAUGAACUACAUAGUAAAUGGGAUAUUCUUUGUGAAAAAAUUAGAGGAAUAAUGUGACUCCAAGUAACUAUUUAUAUUGUCAGUUUCAAUGAGAGAAUAAAACUUUUAAAUGCAUUGUAUGUC